AUGUUUACCCGUAAUCACGUGGUCUUCACAUGUAAUUACCGGCCAAGAAAAUUUGUAAACAUGCUUAUUUUUAAGUUGCCAAGGCGGGGUGGUGGAGAGGCCGCUGCCAUGGGCGCACAUGCCGUGGAUGGCGGCACAGGCGGCGGCCGCACAGCAGGCGUCGCAGCAGCAGCAACCGCAGGGGGGAACACCGGCGCGGGCCCCAGGCAGGGCGAGGCGGGUGUUGCCCAGGUAGCAAACCUAGCAGCUGAAACUGCCCAGGCCAUGCAUCCCAGGGGUGGCGGGACCGGCGCUGUGCGCAGCCCUGCCACCGUAGGGACCGGUGGGGAUGCAGGCAUGGCAACGGCCCAGGCCCCAGUCGAGGUCACAGGUGCCGCUGGCGGCACGCGCGGCCGUGGGCGAUCCGGAACCGCCGCUGGCACGCGCGGUGGUCGAGGGCGUGGACGCAGCAGCGGCGGGAGAACUGGGCGCGGGACAGGGCGCGUGGAGAGCAACACAGGCGGUGGAGCCGAGGAGGCAUGGGUGUCUGGAGAGAACGAUGCGAUUGAGGACGAAGAUACCACCAACUACGAUGCGUUCAAGGAGUGGGUCGGCGAGGUGCCAAGAGCAGCUAAGGGCGAAGCUGGCAAGCACAGGCGGGGUGGCGGUGAUGACGACGACCUGGGUGCGAGGUCGGGGCUCAAGGACGAGGAUACCACCAACUACGAUGCGUUCAAGGAGUGGGUCGGCGAGGUGCCAAGAGCAGCUAAGGGCGAAGCUGGCAAGCACAGGCGGGGUGGCGGUGAUGACGACGACCUGGGUGCGAGGUCGGGGCUCAAGGUUGGAAAUAAACGGCAGAAGGGGAACAAGGGCGCAGGCCGGGGCAGGGGUGCAAGCAAGGGGACCGCCAGAGACUUGCCCGGUUAUCGGGCAAUUGUGGCCGUUAAUGGGGUACGCGGAGACCGGUUACCAGGUGGAUGGUUACCGGGGGUCGUUAAUGGGGGUGGUUACGAUUGGGUUACCAGGUUGAUCGUUACUGGGCAGUAA